CUCCACUCUACCUCUCUCUAUGCAAAUUCUAUCUGUCCAAACUUACCUCAAACAAACAACACGUAUAUAUUCCGAACUUCAGCGGGUCAGUUUCCUUCUUCCUGGUGUAAGCAAAUCUUCAACUACCAUUCAAAUUCACAAGUCGAAGACGCAAGUAUCACUGAAAUCUACUCAUAUAUACUCCCACAUCAUCUUCUUCUAUCUCUGUAACUUCCUCUGCAUUCAAUUACAUUGCUCUCUCUCUAAAAAAUGAGUUGGUGGUGGUCUGGAGCUAUUGGCGCUGCCAGGAAGAAACCAGACCAAGAUGAAGCGCCGCGAACCUUACAGAGUGUCGGACUCAUCAUCGGCGUCACCGGCCUCGUCGGCAACAGCCUCGCCGAGAUUCUCCCUCUUCCGGACACCCCCGGUGGCCGCUGGAAAGUCUACGGCGUCGCCCGCCGCCCCCGACCCUCCUGGAAUGCAGACCACCCAAUCGACUACAUCCAGUGCGACGUCUCCGAUCCCGACGAUGCUCAAGCCAAGCUCUCUGUCCUCACCGACGUCACACAUGUCUUCUACGCCUGCUGGACCAACCGCGUCUCCGAGGCUGAGAACUGCAAGGUCAACGGCGCCAUGCUCAGAAACGUCCUCCGCGCCAUCAUCCCCAACGCUCCCAAUCUCCGCCACGUGACGCUCCAAACCGGCUGCAAGCACUACCUCGGCCCCUUCGAGCUCGUCGGCAAGAUCGAGUCCCACGAGCCACCGUUCACGGAGGAUCUCCCCCGCCUGGACGCGCCAAGUUUCUACUACACACAGGAGGAUAUCCUGUUCGAAGAGGCAGCGAGCAAGGAGGGUUUGACCUGGUCCGUUCACCGGCCUCUGGUUAUCUUCGGCUUCUCCCCUUACAGCAUGAUGAACCUUGUCGGAACUCUCUGCGUCUACGCCGCAAUCUGCAAGCACGAGGGUCUUCCGUUGAGAUUCCCCGGCACGAAAGCGGCGUGGGAGUCUUAUAGCGCGGCCUCCGAUGCGGAUUUGAUCGCGGAGCAGCAGAUUUGGGCGGCGGUGGAUCCCUAUGCGGCGAACGAGGCCUUCAACUGCAGCAAUGGGGAUGUGUUCAAAUGGAAGCAUCUGUGGAAGGUUCUGGCGGAGCAGUUUGGGAUUGAGGAGUACGGGUUAUUCGAGGAGGAUUCUUCAGGUUGGAGGUUGUCGGAGAUGAUGAAAGACAAGGGAGCUGUGUGGGAGGAGAUUGUGAAAGAGAAUCAGCUGCAACCUACCAAGCUCCAUGAGGUUGCUGAAUGGUGGUUUGUGGAGCUUAUGUUUUCUGGUGGUGGCCUAUUGGAUAGCAUGAACAAGGCCAAAGAGCACGGUUUUUUGGGGUUCAGAAACACCAAGAAUUCCUUCAUAUCUUGGAUUGAUAAGACCAAAGCUUACAAGAUUGUGCCCUGAAUCUCACUAUGCCUCUGCUUCUGCUGUGAAAUUUUUCCACUUGAUUUAUGUGGAAUAUGUAAAACUAUUGUAUUGUGCAUCAUACUGUGUGUUGUUGUGCAUUUUAUAGUAGGACAUAAAAAACACUUAUUUUCUAUUUUCUGCGAAAAUAAUAAGGAAAAUUGGCAGAAAAAGAGACAAGUAUUUUUUUUAUGUUUUAACUGUUGGAGUGUUUAUGUAUCAUUACUGAUAUUAUUGGCAUUAUGUUUCUGUGCUUUGAUCUAUAA